CUAAACCCGUAAGGGCAACUUUACAACACCAUUUUUUUGCUAGAUUGAUGGAAAAGAUGCGGAUGCUCCGUAGAGUCUCCGAGGGGCAAUGGGGGCACUCAUCCCAUUGCUCUUUUGGUGUACCCUGGUCUUAUUUCUGAAUGUCAUAUCGUCGUUGAUUCGCAGAUCUAGUAUCUGUCCCUCCUUUUAGACUCUUUUUCUGUUUUGCCCGCAAUUCGCCGCCCCAUCCGUUGCGGCACUCAGUGGUCAUAUCUGUGCUUGUCUUUUCUUCUUUUUUUCUUGUCUUCUUACACCUCCUGCAGGAGUUCAAGAAUCUUGACACUUCUCUUGUGUUGUGUCUUGUCUUUUCAUUCCCUUGAAUUCCCUUUGCAAUCUUUUUCUGCUGCAAAAGGAUAAUCCCUUGACUCGAGAUGCGUUUCCAAACGGCCGAGUCAUCUGGGCCCGCUGGCCCGGAGGCCCUUCAGAAUGGCUACGAUAAGCGUUCGCCUUCUCCAGAACCCUCUACCAGUCUUCCUUUUGGUCAGGGACUGGCAUUGAGUGCCAUUCGUGGCCCAACUUACUUGACUGCGCAGACUCUCAUCCAGCAAGUCGCCUACACUUUGUCGGAUAAGCUGUUCACCUACUCCCCCGAGACUUUCGACCUCGAUCUCGCUGUCAAGGACUGGUCCGCUCAGGACGAGUUGAAUGCUCAUGGAUAUACUACCAAAGUUUCUGCCAUGGAAACCCGCCUUGGCGCUGGCGCCAUUGCUUUGGGUUACAUGUUCUCCAAGGACUUUGAUCUCAAGAAGCGUCACAUUCCCCAGGGUAUCCUUGCGUCUUCCUCAACCCUGACUUUCCUCCGCUCUGCGCUGGACCAAUUGUCUCUUCUCUACUCUGUGGCAAACCCGUUUGUUGCCCACAUUGCUGCGGUUGAUUAUGCUGCUGGUACUACGAACGGCCUCGUGACCGACUAUGCCUUGGCCCUGGACCUCGCUGAAGAUCUUGGCUUCGGUCUCGUCUCCAGCACUUCGGCUUACGAGUCGCAGCACAUGGCUCUCUUCGCGACUUUGCUUGCAAGCAUUCUGCCUACUAUCCACGUUUACGAUGGCAUUCGCGUUGGCCGUGAGACCACUCGCAUUGUUGACGCCCUAGACCAGUCUGCCCUCUCUAGCAGCUACAACACCGUUCGCGCUGAGGCCGACAAGGUUGACAAGAGUGAGGAUGCUGGCCGCCGCACCACCGAGCUGCUCAAGGCUUUCAACGACGAGCUGGGCACUGCUUACAAGCUUUUCGAGUACCACGGCCACAGCGAGGCCGAGGCAGUUCUUGUGGUCUUUGGCAGCGUCGAGGCCUCUCUGGCUGCUCAGGUUGCCGCUGAGCUUGCCAAGCGUGGCGCAAAGAUUGGCGUUGUCAACGUUCGCGUGUAUCGACCUUUCGUCGAGGAGGCCUUCCUCGCCGAGCUCCCCGUCUCUGUGCGCAACAUUGUUGUGCUCGGCCAGGUACAGGAUGCUCUCUCCGUUGCCGAGUCCACGGUCCACUCUAAGCUCUACGACGAUGUUCUCGCCUCCAUUGUCUUCUCUGCUGGCAAAUUUGCCAAGCAGCCUGAGGUUGUCGACCUGAAGUAUGCUCGGGAGCAAGUCUUCACUCCCAGCGUGUUCUCGACUCUGUUCCAGCAGAUUGCCUCUCAGGCUCCUCUUCAAUUGAACACUGCUGCCGAGGAGCAAGCCGACGUAGACUUGCUCGACCAAACCUCUGUUCAGCAGUACUCCUUCUGGGAUGUGGACGACUCCGUCUCGGCCACCGCUCCCGUCGCUCUCGGUCAGCUCUUGUCCAAGGACUCCUCCAGCAACGUCUUUGUCCGCACGGGCCACGACAACCUGGUUCAGGGUGGCUCUGUGCGCACCGAUAUUCGAUCCUCCAAGAAGGCCAUUGAGGCGCCUUAUGCCAUUGCCAAUGGUGAUGUUGCUGUCGUGCUCGACGCUAAGCUGUUCGAGUCCUUUGAUAUUAUCAGCAGCAUCAAGGUUGGCGGAUCUGUCCUUGUUCGCCUUCCCGGCGUCAAGGACGAGGAUGUUGAGAAGAAACUGCCCGUGGGCGUUCGCAAGGCCCUCGUUGAGAAGAAGAUUGAAUUCUUUGUCCUCGACCCACAGGCUUCUGAGACUGUCUCCAAGGAUGAGACUGCCGAGUCCUACCUGACUCAGCUCGCCUUCUUGUCUGUUGCCCGCAAGGACCUCGUUUCCAAUGCUUCUGAGAAGCUCGCUGCCGUCAAUGGCAACCCCGAGGCGCUCCAGAGCCUCGAUAAGGAGCUCGAAAAGGCUCUUCGCGCGUUCGAGGUGCCCGAAGCCUGGGCUACUGUUGAGGCCGAGGUCGAGAUUCCAUCUCUCCCGACCGACGUCAACGUCAACAGCUUCGCCGGGUUUGACAAGAGCGAGUCCGAACCCGUGACUCUCUCUCGUGACUGGAAGACUGUUGCCCAGGGUCUUGCCUUUAAGGAAGCCUUUGACACCAAGGCUGCUCUCCGUCCCGACCUGCCCGUCAAGACCUACACCAUCAAGGUCAAGGAGAACAAGCGUCUCACGCCGACCAGCUACGACCGUAACAUUUUCCACAUUGAAUUCGACCUUGGCGACUCUGGCCUCAAGUACGACAUUGGCGAGGCCCUCGGUAUCCACGCGCACAAUGACACGGAAGAAGUCAACGACUUCAUCACCUUCUACGGCCUCAACCCCGAAGAAGUUGUCCAAGUGCCCUCGCGCGAAGACCCCGACGUUCUCGAGAGCCGCACCAUCUUCCAGGGUCUGCAGCAGAACGUCGACCUGUGGGGCCGUCCCCCCAAGCGCUUCUACCAGGCCCUCUCCGAGUUCGCCACCGACGAAAAGGAGAAGCGCGAGCUGCUCGCACUCGGCGGCGCCGAAGGUGCCACUGAAUUCAAGCGCCGCGCUGAAGUUGACACGGUCACUUAUGCCGAUAUUCUGCUCGAGUUCCCCUCUGCGCACCCUUCGUUCGACGACAUUGUGCGCAUUGUCGACCCCAUGAAGCGCCGCGAGUACUCCAUCUCGUCGAGCCAGAUUGUCAACCCCACGACCGUCUCGCUCCUCAUCGUCGUCGUCUCCUGGGUCGACCCCCACGGCCGCGACCGCUGGGGCCAAGCCACGCGCUACCUCCACCGCCUCCGCCCCGGCGACAGCCUCACCGCCAGCGUCAAGCCCUCGGUUAUGAAGCUCCCUCCCAAGUCGACCCAGCCUCUGAUCAUGGCCGGCUUGGGUACCGGUCUUGCCCCCUUCCGCGCCUUUGUCCAGUACCGCGCGUGGCAAAAGAGCCAGGGCCUCCCCAUCGGCGCCGUCCUGCUGUACAUGGGCUCGCGCACGCAGCGCGAAGAGUACCUCUACGGCGAGGAAUGGGAAGCCUACCGCGACUCCGGCAUUGUGACCCUCCUCGGCCGUGCCUUUUCCCGUGACCAGCCCCAGAAGAUCUACAUCCAGGACCGCAUGCGCGAGACCCUGCCCGACAUCAUCCAGGCGUACAUUCGCGAAGAAGGCGCCUUUUAUCUCUGCGGUCCUACCUGGCCUGUUCCCGAUGUCACGAGCGUGCUCGAAGAGGCUAUCACCACUGAGACUCGUGCCCGCGCAAACGACCCGGCCAAGAAGGUCGAUGCCAGACGCGAGAUUGAGAACCUCAAGGAGGAAGAGCGCUACAUUCUUGAAGUGUACUAACGUACUCGUUUCCCCCAUAUCUUUGUUAUUUUUUAAACUCCAUGUCAUUUUCACGUUUGACCUUUUUAUUUAAGAUAUCAUUGUCUUCUUUCCAUUAUCCUAUAUUACAGUUAUAGAAUGGCGGCUCAAGCAUCUUUUACAUACUCGAAAUAUUUCUCCAUCAUUGGUUCAUGUCCGAAUGGAGAGUAAAAGUCAAUGAAAUUCAUAUAUAUACUCUUCCUUGACAGUCC